UUUUGAAUGUCAGUACACGGAAUCAUAUCAGCCCGUCUUUAUUUUGCUUGUUAGUUUGAAUGUCUGUAAAAGUUUCAAUAAUUUGUGUCCGUCUUAUGAAUUCAGAUCAGUUCUUGUUCACUUAAUUUUACGUUUUACUGAACUUUAUUGGAAGCGUGUGAAAGAUGGUCAGGUACAGCAAUCUCAAGGCUCAAUAUGAAAUAGAAAAGACAAUUGGUUGUGGAGGAUUUGCAAAGGUUAAACUUGCAACACACUUGCUAACCAGGGAGAAAGUGGCUAUCAAGAUAAUGAACAAGUCAGGACUUGGGGAUGACCUUCCUAGAGUACGUCAAGAACUGGAAGCGUUGAAGAGGCUUUCACAUCAUCACAUAUGUAAACUGUAUGAAGUCAUUGAAACUGAUACUCAUAUAUUCAUGGUAAUAGAGUACUGUGCUGGUGGUGAACUGUUCGAUCACAUUGUGGAACGCAACAGGCUGACUGAGGCAGCGGCUCGCUCUUUCUUCAGGCAGAUAAUCUCAGCUGUUGCGUACCUGCACGAGCAGGGGUAUGCACACAGAGAUCUAAAGCCUGAAAAUAUACUACUUGACAAGAAUCAGAACUUGAAAUUGAUUGAUUUUGGACUCUGUGCCAAGCCAGCAGGAGGCCUGGAGUCACACCUCUUAACAUCCUGUGGAUCUCCAACAUAUGCAGCACCAGAACUGAUUCUGGGCAAGCAGUACCUAGGUUCUGAAGUUGAUAUCUGGAGUAUGGGUGUACUGCUUUACGCAUUGCUGUGUGGAUUUCUACCAUUUGAUGACGAGACUAUUGACAGCCUUUAUAAGAAGAUAUUGUCAGGACGAUACCAUGAACCAGAAUGGCUGUCAAGGAACAGCAAAGACCUUAUUAAAUCAAUGUUACAAUUAGACCCAAAGCAAAGAAUCACAAUUAAAGAGCUCCAGAAUCAUCCUUGGGUUUUGACUGGCUAUGGAGAACCUGUUGCCUCAGAAAGUCUCAUUGAUUUUCAUGAAAUGGAUCGCACGUGUGUUGGCAUUAUGGCCCAUUACCAUGGAAUAACAUGGGAAGAAAUGUGGUCAUCACUGAGUAAGUGGCCUUAUGACUACAAUACUUCCACUUAUCUUCUCCUUCUUGCAAAGAAGAAACGUGGUUCUCCUGUAAGGUUAUCUCGUCCGACAUACCGUGUUAAGGGUUGUGACGAUAGACUCCAAGGAAUGGAAGAUUCACCUGUCAGAAUUCCAAAAACAGCAAAUGCGAGGCUGAAAGAGACAUAUGUGGUUGUUGCAAACGAAGAGAGAACAACUGAGAAGUUGACAGCAAAAUCUCUUCGAAAGAAAGCUGCCAAUCCUGAUCGAGCUAUGUGUGAUGGAAAAGAAAAUAGCAGUGGUUUCUCGGAGCCUGUUGCUCCGACACCACAACGGAGAGCCCACAAGAGGUACUGGAGCCCAGGACUGCAAGAACCUCCUUCUCCUGUUCCAAAGAAGAUGACACCUGGGUCUGAAAGGGAGAGCCAAGAUUCUACCCUCCACUGCAAUUUACACCCCGGAGGCGGCGGCGAGGCCGGCGAGGAGGCGGCGGCGGGCAGCGGCGGCAGCGGCAGCAGCAACGCGUCGACGCCGUGCGCCACGACGCCGCGGUGCGCGCGCAAGGUGCUGGGCGGGCUGGAGCGCAGCCUGCAGCGCGUCAGGCACGUGCUGACACCGCGCAGGGCCCGGGACCGCGACAGGGACAGGCCCUGCCUCCUGGCCGCCAAGAAUGUGUGUAACGUGUCGACGAUGACGUGCAACGACCCGGAGCGCGUUCGCAGUGAGCUUCUGCGCAUGCUCGUCGACAGGGGCUUCGACUGCAAGCAGAAGGGGUGGGUGGUGCGAGCCAAGCAGCCGCGGCUGUCGUUCGAGCUGGAGGUGUGCCUGGUGGCGCCCUCUGCAGACGCGGAGCACGUGGUGGCCGUGCGCCGCAAGCGCCUCCGCGGCGACGCCUGGAGCUACAAGCGCGUCUGCGAGCAGGUGCUCGCCCUGGGCGACGGCUAGCGCCGGCUAGCCCCGGCUGCCUGCCCAGCUCCCCCGUGAAGUCUAGUCUUCCCAGACACUUCCAGAAUGUUUCCCGCAUCACUGUAGCGUACAACAUAAUUUCAUGUCGUGAGACGCCCCUGUAAAUUUUACGUAGUAUUUUCCAGUUCAUCAGUUAUUGUCGCGCUCUAAAGCCUGUCUACGGCAGACUUAUCACAAAAGUCUUCCAGGUUCUAAUAACACGGAAAUAAUGUCUUCGAGCUCCAGUGAUAUGAUUCACUCUUAAAAGAGUUUCAGAAAAUAUUUACCAACUUUUGAUAUUUUAAUUCUUUAAAUAUUUUCAUGACUGCUGCACUUUUAAAUAUUUCCAGUCCUCUGUAUUUAUACAUGUCAUAUAUAUUCGAUUCUUUCCAUUUAACAGGUUCUCUAAUUUAUGUAUCUACCUGCUUUUGUUGCUAAACUUCCCUUUUUUGUUUACAUUUUUGUUUAUGUAAGCUUCGUGCAAGCAGCUUCAGAAACCUCUACUCUCGGUUUAAUACAAGCAUGUAGUCCAUCUGAAUAUACUUCCUGUUACAGUCUUGUUCUAAUAGUUGGACUUCGUACUGAGGCAUACUCGCAAGCCUGUAUAAAACGUGUUAAAUUCGUGCUUCCUCUGGACAUAUCACAUUUUGCAGCGUAAAACGUGACCUGGUGCUGUAUCACGCAGCUAAGUAUGUUUUUGACGUGGUAUUUGAGAUUGCUAUGGGGCCAGUUUUAUUUUUAAUGGCUCGGUUUUCUCAUGACGUGGCUAUUCUAAAGGCAGGUGUUGCGAAAAGGUUGGUAAACGAAUCGCUAUCAGUAUUUUUCAACAAUUUUAUCAGAAAUUCUUUAUAAUUUUUUCCUUCUUGGUACAGAAUAUAUAUUUUUAUUCUUUUGGUGUGUCAUAGUGUUAAUAAAUAGUAUUAUAUAUUCAUAGAUUUAUAUAUUUAGUUUGUAAACGGAUUUGGAUGUGAAACAUUUCUAAUCUGUGUCACAUGUUGUAAAUGAAGACACUAACAUUACUUUCUGUUCCUAA